AUGCUGCUGGAGCUCGCGGACGAGUGCAAGCAGCAGAUUUGGGGCUUUCUGGGCGUGCGGGAGCUCUGCCGUGUGGCGGGUGUGGCUCGCAAUGUCGAGCAGGGAGUUCAUAUGGGGCCGAUCUGGCAGCGACACGCUCGGACGCUGCUGGCCAAAGGUCAGGCCGCGCUUCGAGGCGACUCCGGAGUGCUCAGCUGUCGGCUGCAGCGAGGCAAUGCCAACACUCACGUGGUGCUGGUGAGGUUCCGAACCAAUAACGAGGGCUUUGCCCAGGCGUUGGCCUCCCUGCAGGAGCUGAAGACGGAGCGCGCGCAACUUAAAGAGGCGGUGCAGAACGUGAAGGCUUCGACUCAAGCAGAGAAGAGGAGCCGGCGCAGUCAGAUGAAUUGCGUGCGAUGGAUGAACCGCACCCACCGACGACAAGCUGCUGCCUCCAACUCGAUCCAAGCGCAGAAUGCGGCGCUGUCGAAGGCGGAACUGGCCGAGAGACUGCAGCGUGUAGAGAGAUCGAUUCAGGCGAUAGCCAAGGAGCAGUUUGAACUGCGUAAGCGGGCGAUGAAGAGCUUGCACAAGCUGAACGCGCAGCUUGCGAGUGGGACGAAGCUACUGCGUGAUCUGGGAGUUCCUGCUGAUAGGUAUGUAGCGUGACUUCGCGCGUGAGAUCUUCUUGUAAAUAUAUACGCUAGUCAAAAUUCUACCCU